AGAGAAAGAGAGAGAGAGAGAGAGAAGAGAGAGAGAGAAGAGAGAGAGAGAGAGAGAGAGAGAAGAGAGAGAGAGAGAUAUCUGGCAUAAACUCAUAUUCCCCUUCCAAGACUUAAUUACUAUGCCAUUAUAAUAUUAGUACUUGGGCUGUAUGUAACUCUGGUACAUACUUCAUACUUAGCAUGUGUGGGGCCCUGGGUCCAACUUCCUGUCCAAUCAGUAAGCAAAUAAAAAUCAUAAUAGUAAUUGUUUAUGUUUCAUACUAUUAUGAUUUGAAACAUUUUGUAUGCAUGCUUUAUUUCAGUUAAAAUAAUAGCAAUAAUAGUACUGGGAUGUAAUUCAGUUGGGAUAGUGCUCGCCUAGAGUACCUGGAACCCUGUGUUCCAGUCCCAACACCCCAUUAACUAACUAUGUGCACCUGUAACCACAGCACUUGGGACUGGGAGUUAGGAGGAGAAUGAGUUCGAGGUCUUCUUCAGUUAGGUAGGGAGUUCCAGGUCAGCCUGGAAUACAUGCAACCUUGUCUCAACAAAUAAAACCAAGCAACAAUAGUAACACCCAUAUAAUAUCUGCAUGCAAGGCCCUGUUGUAAAUGCCUUACAUAAAUAUUACCAAUUUAAAGUGGGACAUAAUGACACAAGAGUAUAGCCAUCAUUUGAUUCUCCUAGCUACACAGAGAAACCAUAUCCAAAAACAAACAAACAAAAACAAUGUUACCAUGGGGGAUGUUGGAGAGACGGCCAACAGUUAAUAGCACUUGCUGCUCUAACAGAGGACCCAUGCCCCAUUCCCAGUGACCACAUGGCAGCUUCCUACUGCCUGUAAGUCCAGAGUAGGAAAAUUCAUGGAGAAAGCAGCUAAGUGGUUCCCAGGGACUGGGAGGGGGCAGUGCCAGUGGAGUUUCUACUAUGGAUGUAAAAUUUCCUUUUAGGUCGUUGAAAACGUUCUUGAACUAGAAGUGCUGAUGAUUGCACAACAUCAUGAAUGUACAAAAUUUCACUGAAAUAUAUACUUUAAAAUCAUUAGAGUGGUGGCCCACACCUUUAAUCCCAUCCCUCAGGAGUCAGAGACAGGUGACUCUCUGAAGUUCUAGGCUAGCCUAGUCUACUUAGUGAGUUCCAGUCCAGCUAAGGCUACCUAGUGAGACCUUUUCUCAAAAUAGUUGGGGAUUUGAGUCAGUGAUGAGCACUUUCUAGUACAUGCCAAGCCUUGAGUUUAAUCCCUGGCAUCAUGGAAAGGGAGAUGAAUAAUUCGAUAAAAUGGUUAACCUGAUGAGUUCUCAGCCAUGUAUAUUUGUAUUUGUUGGGGCUCCUGCAACAACGUAUCCUAAAUCUGGGAGCUUGUUAACAAUAGAAGUUCACUGCUCACAAGGAAGGAGGCUGGGAAAGCCAAGGUCACGUCCAGUGCACCUGUUUCUUCAUGAUGGGAAGACUGUCUUACUGAUCUCACCUUCCGGACACUCACACCUCUUUAAUCUGUCACCUCAGGGUUUAAGAUUCCAACAGAUGAACUCAGACCAUAGCAGGAAUUUUACCUCAGUUUAUAAAAGGUUUGUGGGACUUCGGAUAUAACCCAGUGGUAGAACACUUGACUAGUAUGCUCAAGGCCCUGGAUUCAGUUCCCAGGAUGAUAAAACAAAAAUUUUGCAGGAGUAAAAAGUAAAGAAAGGAAAAGAAAAGUAAGAUAAGGAUAUAAAACAGUGCUCUGGGUUUCUUCAAGUGUGACAUGGUGACAAUAACAGCCCCCAGUCUCCAGAGUGGAGAUGAGUAAUAUGUCAGUGUCACAUAAAACACUCAUCCUACAGUAGGUACCCAAACUAAGUGUCAAUUACCUUUUCUCCUACACAAACGUCUAACCUGUUUGCCUACUUUUUAAUAAUCUAGCCAGACAGCCUAUCCUCACUUGGGGUUCACCCACUGUUGCAUCCUGCAUCUGGCAGGCCAUGCCAUCUUUGGGAAUAUAUUGCCCCCUGUGUACAGGACAACAUGGUCCUUGGGCUGUCACUGCUGAGUCUCUUGAGAGGUAAUCACCUGGGGAAUCUGCCACCGAACCAGAGGCUCCAAGGGCUGUUGGAGAGGAGGUCUAGGAAGCAGUGUUUUAGGACUAGCUCUGGAGUGUGAGAGCACUGGGUUAAAUUCUCUCUACGGUCUCUUCAAGAAGCCUGCCCAGAGAGAGACACACUGAUGUUCAGAUUCCUCCUCGCACCUUCACCUAAGGCGCUUAGUGUGUCUUAGCUCCAGCUUGGGCUCUCCUGGGUCUGCUUCCAUCCACUAGACUGGGGGGACCCCAGGGACAGAUGCCCACCCUUUCUUUCCUUUGAUUUCCUAAACAGAUCUUCUGGGUCUUCCUGGCUGUGGGUUCUCCUGGGAUGCUAGAUAGAGUCCUUAACGUUUGUAGUGCCUUGCUUUGUUUCCUUCUCUGUGUUCUUGGGAGAGCCUGCCCUCUCUUCUCCCACCAUUCUAUUUCUGAAUUUUCUAGAUAGUCUGGAAAUUCCAAAGCUGUGCCACACCAGCCUUUGCUUUCCUACUCCUAUCUUACCCAGGAUGCACUAGGUGUGGGCUGGCACCCACCCCACCCUGCAGUGAGCAUGGAUCCUGGAGCUGGCUCUGACUCAUCUCUGACUGUGAACGAGCAGGUCAUCGUGAUGUCAGGCCAUGAGACCAUCCGGGUGUUGGAAGUUGGGGUGGACGCUCAGCUCCCAGCCGAGGAGGAGAGCAAAGGACCGGAGAGUGUGGCUGCUGAUGGCUCCCAGAGUGGAGGCCCUGCAGAAGCUGGUGAACCCGCUGCUGAAGCAGGGCCGCCAGACCCAGAUCCUUCUGCAGAAGCAACUGUGAAGUCGCUGCCCGGGAUCCCUCCGAGUCCUGCCCCAGCCAUUGCCACUUUCAGCCAAGCCCCAAGCCAGCCUCAAGCACCACAGACCCUGACGCCGCUGGCCAUACAAGCUGCCCCCCAGGUCUUGACUCAGGAAAACUUAGCCACAGUUCUGACAGGAGUUGUGGUUCCAGCAGGGGCGGUUACUCAACCUCUUCUUAUCCCCAUCAGUAUUGCAGGUCAAGUGUCUGGGCAGCAGGGGCUGGCCGUGUGGACAAUUCCUACAGCAGCUGUGGCUGCCCUCCCUGGACUGGCUGCUGCUUCUCCCACGGGGGCAGUCUUCAAGCCACCUUUAGCUGGGCUCCAAGCUGCUGUGCUGAACACCGCCCUCCCGACACCUGUACAAGCUGCUACACCAGUCCAGGCCUCCUCGCCCGCCCAGCCCCGGCCACCAGCUCAGCCCCAGACGCUGUUCCAGACCCAGCCGCUGCUACAGACCACACCUGCCAUACUCCCACAGCCCACUGCUGCCACUGUCGCCGCCCCCACCCCAAAGCCAGCGGACACCACCCCGCAGAUCACCGUCCAGCCUGCAGGCUUCGCGUUUAGCCCAGGGAUCAUCGGCGCUGCCUCCCUCGGGGGACAGACCCAGAUCCUGGGUUCCCUCACUGCUGCUCCAGUCAUUACCAACGCCAUUCCCAGUAUGCCGGGGAUCAGCAGUCAGAUCCUCACCAAUGCUCAGGGACAGGUUAUUGGAGCACUUCCGUGGGUAGUGAACUCAGCUAGUGUGGCCACACCAGCACCAGCCCAGAGCCUUCAGGUCCAAGCCGUGACUCCCCAACUCUUGUUGAAUGCCCAGGGCCAGGUGAUCGCAACCCUAGCCAGCAGCCCCCUGCCUCAACCUAUGGCUGUCCGGAAGCCAAACACCCCGGAGUCCGCUGCUAAGAGUGAGAUGCAGCCUAUCCAGCCGACACCCACGGUACCCCAGCCUGCCGUGGUCAUCACGAGCCCAGCCCCAGGAGUCAAGCCAUCUGCUUCGGCUCCCAUCCCAAUCACCUGCUCCGAGACCCCUACUGUCAGUCAAUUGGUAUCAAAGCCGCACACUCCAAGUCUGGAUGAGGAUGGGAUCAACUUAGAAGAGAUCCGGGAGUUUGCCAAGAACUUUAAGAUCCGGCGGCUCUCCCUGGGUCUCACACAGACCCAGGUGGGUCAGGCUUUGACUGCCACAGAAGGCCCAGCCUACAGCCAGUCAGCCAUCUGCCGGUUUGAGAAGUUGGACAUCACACCCAAGAGCGCCCAGAAGCUGAAGCCGGUUCUAGAGAAGUGGUUGAAUGAGGCGGAGCUCCGGAACCAGGAAGGCCAGCAGAAUCUCAUGGAGUUUGUGGGCGGUGAGCCCUCCAAGAAACGCAAGCGACGCACUUCCUUCACGCCGCAGGCCAUAGAGGCUCUCAACGCCUACUUUGAGAAGAACCCGCUGCCCACUGGCCAGGAGAUCACCGAGAUCGCUAAGGAACUCAACUAUGACCGUGAGGUGGUGCGAGUCUGGUUCUGCAACCGACGCCAGACGCUCAAAAACACCAGCAAGCUGAAUGUCUUUCAGAUCCCUUAGGGUUUCCUCUUGGCCCUUGUUCCAGCACUUUCUACUCUUCCCACAGCAGCGAGCUGUCGUCACGGCAGUGACAGUGCCAUGUGCAGCUGUGCUUGUCAGAGGUCAUGAGACCUCCACCUGUGCAUGUGUGUCAAUGCCUGCCUCUUCUGUCCACAGAUGUCACACCCUGGGGAGGCCCAAGGGGCUGCAUGAGAGCCCUAGGCGCUGGGCACAUGGAAGGAGGGGAUUUGUGGUGUCUUUUCAAAAAGCACUUUGCCAACAUGGUUUCUGAAGGGUGAAUUCUGGUUGGGAACCAGCAAGGCGCUGUCUUUGGGGCGGGCUGUAGCGACUCUUGGGGACCACUGUGCAUUAGCUCUUGUUUUUGGUGGCAAUCUCCACCCCUUCCCCCAGCUCCUCUGUGGUUAUACCAGUAUGACGACUCACCAAGUGGGACUCAAAUGCCCUCCUUUACUUUGUACACAGGCACAGUGAAUCCCUUAAAGGACCAAGGAGAUGUAAUUCAGAAAAGUGUGACUCACUGUCUGCCUUCACCUCGAGGGUAGAAGGUCCCCAAAGCUGUGAGGUCAGAUGCUGUGAGGUCCCUCCCGGGGUCCUGGGGGUGGUGGGAUUGCACUAAUGCAGAACCUUUUCCUUUGCAAACCAACAGCAGAGGAAACAACCGCACACUCCCCCACCCUGGAGAGUCUUAGGUCUGUUGCGGGUCUGGAACUUAGUAAAAAAGGUCAUCCGUCCAGAUUUUAAUCUAAUCUUCGUCAUGACUGUCUCCCAAGAAAAGCACUCUGGAGAGCUGUCAGCUUGGGAGCAUUUCCACUGCCAGCCUCCGCUGGCAGCUGCAGGGGGCUCGCACACCGACUUUCUCCCUCUCAUGCCCACACUCAUCUCGGUCCAGCACUGAGCUCUCUUUAGAGGAGCAAACUGAAUGAUAAGCCAGACAGCAAGGAGCUGGAGUGGGGAGGAAGACAAUAUCCAGGAAGAUGAUGGUCCGGGAAGCCCUCUGGUUGAAGCUGCCUUGCCUCUAGUUUUCUUUGUAAAACUUUUAAGUCUUGGAUGUUGGAGUCCUCUCACUCUGUCCGAUUGCAGACCAAGUCUGUGUGUGAGCAACCCCUCCCCACUCCCUCUGCAAUGCUCCUCUGAGCCAAGAGUGCCCCGGAGCGGGAUGGACUUUGCCUCUGUAGGUGAUGGCAUGCUGGGGGCUGGCAUCAUAUCAAAGCCACUAAGUCAACUUCCAGACACAGGGGGGCUGGCCAGUCCUUUCACUUCAGGAUGUUGGCUGGAGAUUGUAGCUCAGUGGUUGAGAACUUAGCAUGUGCAAGGCUCCAGAUUCAGUUUCUAGCACAGAGGGGGAAAAUUAAUAUUUGGUUUCAGGAAGUCAGGAAAGAGUUAAGAUGUUUGCCUGAAUGACCCCAGACUUGGGUAGACUGUCCCUAAUGGGCUACAAGCUGCAGAGGCCAACCAUUUCACUACUUUUUGGUUUGGUUUGUUGUUUUGUUUCUUUGUUUUUUAAAUAGGAUCUCACUUAGCCCAGGCUGACUUCAAACUUGUAGUUGAAAAUGACACUGAAAUGACACUGAACUCCUGAUCCUCCUGUCUCCGCCUCCCAAGUGCUGGGAUUAUAGUCAUGUACCACCGUGCCUGGCUUCUCUUCUCUUAGCCUUACAGAGCCUGCUCUUUAGUCGAUGUCCACCCUGUACCUCAUGUGAUCUACCCUGAGCAAAAACAAGGACACAUUACCGUCCCUGCUGGUCACAGUGCAGAGACGCUGGGGCCUAGCUUCCUCUCCUGUACUUUGUUCCCUUUCCUGGUGACUGCUAGACCCUCUUGGGUCCUGCAGGACUUGUGUGGAGGACCUCCUGGUAGCUCUGACAGUGAGAUAAGGACAGUUGUGUGCUUAAUCAACACACACACACACACACACACACACACACACACACACACACACACACUCUACUGCAUUCAAAUCAACCAAACAUGCUGGAGGAGGUGGGCGGCUUUCCUAACUCUGCUGUCCAGGACAGAAUGUCCCCAGAGGAGGAAGCUCCAUCUAGAUUGUAAUGUCAGCCUGCUUCCAUGAGCUGGGAAGUCAGGAGGGGUGCUUACAUCCUGGAGCUUACAAAGUGACUCACUUGAGAAAUUAUAUGCAGCUUUUCUUGCUGGAAACCUGCACUCGGGAGUACUGGUUUUUUGGGGUUUUUUUUGUUUUGUUUUUUUUUUGUGGGAUGGCAUGUAAUAUGAAGUGUGGCCAUGCUGUGGGCAUGCAAGAGGAUACCAUCUGUUCUGUGGCAUGAUAGGAAAAAAAAUCACGAACCACUGAUCUAAAUUAAGCCUGGCUAUGCUUUUUCAACCCGCCCUUCAUCUAAAUCUGUCUUCCCGAGACUGGGCUAGAAUAAACCAAUUUUCUCCUGUGUAGGAAAGUGGCAUUGGUUAUUCAGGAGAACAGUACACGAGCUGGGAUGCUUACAGGCUAGGUUUCUCAAAUAGGGGGGUGCAAGGUGUGCUUAACUGUACCCAAAGUAUAGUUCACUUUGGCCCAUGAACUCUGCCUCUGCUCCCCUAGUCUGAGCCACUGACCUACAGGGUAGUUGUUAUUUUUUGAGUUUGGGCGACAUUAGACUGUAAAAAAGAGUUAAUUUUAUUUUGAGAGCACCUUCCUGGACCUAAGCCAUGCCCAAUGGCUUUUUUGCCCUGAAAGAUAGGAAAAUGGGCAGAAAUCAGUUAACUGUAUGGUUGGUUAUUUUUAAGUGGCAGGAAGCUAGGACUGUCUAUGACUUGCUGAGUCAGCUGGCCCUUUGACCCUGAGCUAACUGUGGCAUUUUAUCCAAGCCAAGUCCAGAGAAGAAGUUGGUCACAUGAACUGUAAACGCACUUGAGUUUGGAAUGAGAAAGCCUGACAUGUGUGUGUUCUUGAAAAUCCGAUCACCUUCCUAUGCCCAGGAUUCUGUCCCUGCCUCCUAGGGAUGUCCCAAGGGUCUCCCAGCAUGGGGCACUGCCCCCUGGAAGCUGGGGAGAAGAAGGAAGGGAAAGCACUUGAUGUAGUUGUGUGAAUAAACAGUAUUUUUUCUUUUGUA